GCCUCCCGGACUGAGGCCAUCUUACUGAGCUCUGCUGUGGGGCGUCACACAUAUACACUGUAUCAGUUUCAGCGCUUGUGUGACGCUGCUGAUGUAAAACAGAGUUGUAAAUGAAGCAGGCAGAGAAAAAAGUGGGCGUUUCUGUCGACUUGCACUGAAGCAUGGAUUAUGAGAGGAGGGGCAGUCGUGGUGACCGCAUGGGUCGCUAUGGGAAAAAGUCUGAUGAUCACGACUACAGGGACAUGGACUAUCGUGGCUAUGGGCAAGGAAAUAGACUGAAUAGCGGCUUAACAAAUGCAAGACCGCAUGAGCCUGAUAGUAGUUUUGAAGGCAUGAGAGACUUUGCCUCGGGUAAUUUCUCAAAUAACCGACCUGGAUUCAGACAAAAGGGGAACCAUGGAUCCGAAAACAACCGACUUGGAAAAAGUCUCCUCCAAAGUCCCCCAAAUGAUAAUCUCCACUCAAGAUUCCAGCAAGAUGAUAAUGAUUAUGAGUUUGAACCAGAGAUUGAUGCACACAGGAGGGAUACGCAGACAUUUAGAUCAGGACAGAAGGUGUAUCUGGAUGAGCAGACCCCAAAUGAAGGUGAAAAAAAUGAGGACAACACUUGGGGCAGAGUUAGGGGACGGCACAGCUCUCAGGGCGAAUACAGUGCAGAAUGGAGAGCUGAGGAGGAUAAAGAUAUCAGACAUUCUGCACACAAACAAGGCUUUCCUGACCAAGCCCAACCAGCUAGGGACAAAUUAAGAGAUGGAAGUUUUCAUCAUGCUCUGGAAAUGAGCCAGGAGGAGCCAGAACCCCGUGACCAGGACUACAGGUCUGAUUCAGAGCAGGCCCAAAAACCCAGCAACAUUGUCAUGCUGAGAAUGCUCCCGCCCAAUGCAACUGUUAAUGAGAUUCGUGCUCGACUGCAAGAGCAGGGGAUCCAGCCCAGAGAGGUUCGCCUCAUGAGGAACAAGUCUUCAGGUCAGAGCAGAGGAUUCGCCUUCGUCGAGUUUAAUCACUUGCAGGAGGCCAGCCGCUGGAUGGAGACCAACCAGGUCACUUUACACUGCACACACACAUACACACUACAAGUCCACACGUGUAUGGAUAUAAUAUACCCUUUACGCCUGGAUUCCUUAUGAUUUCACAGAUUUCGCCAUCUCUUAAGAAUGAGGUCUGUCUGUUGUCUGUCUAGCACAGGUAUUUGACACUGCUACUAGUUGGGUAUUUUCUGCCCAGGUUCAGUAUAAAAUCAGCAGCGUUCUCCUAAAAGCUCAGUUUGUGUGUGCUAUUAUCUCCCCUUUUCAGUCAACUGGUGCAGUAUCUCUUGGCAGCUGUAAGAUCCUAGUGUGAGAUCUGCCCUAUAUUUUGUGUUUCUCUAGUUGAAUCCACAUGGCUUUGAAACAUGUUCCAAAACAGCAUGAGAAUUUGAUGUUCCACUAAUGUAUCUUCUGAUUCAGUUAUUAAAUUAUUACCAGUAAGCCCAUAUAUCAGCUGACCUGUAUACUGAAUGUCAGUUUACAUGAAAGCUAGGAAGAAGUUAGUAAUACUGUGGCAGACAAAUUUGUUUCUAAAGGUAUUUA